AUGCUUAGGCCUUUGAUCGAGCCCCCAGUGGCUGGCGAUGCCUCUAAUGGGCUUGACAUAGUUGUUAUUCCGGCUUGGGGACUCAGCCAGCCGUCUCAAGGGGCUAGGUCAUCCCUAUUCUCGUGGUCAAGAAAACUUUCCGAUGACCUUGGGCCUAGUGUCACAAUAUUCGAGUACCAACUGGAUCAAGAAAAUGGAAAAUCUCUUUCUGACCAUGUACUGAACGGCGGAAGCAACUUGCUCAAAUCAUUGAGAAGCCAUCGGCCCAACAACAAGUCGAAACGAUCCAUUGUUUUUAUUUCUUAUAGUACUGGUGGAUUCGUUCUGAAACAGGCCUUAUGCCUUGUUAGAAUUCAUUUUCACGAAUGCGGGUAUCUGUUACCGGCAAUUUCUGGGCUAAUCUUCUUGGGUGUGCCACAUUUUCAGAGAAAUGCUACAGCGGCCGAAGUGAAGCAAACGAUCGAAUUUCUUCUCAAGUUCCAUAACAAAGAAGCCAACAAGAAUUGUCAAACACCAAACGAUGCAAAGGCUUUGAUUAGCCUAUGUCGAGAAUUUGAGAGAUUAAAUCUGAACAUUCCCGCAAUUUCUGUUUACGAAAGCCAGACGGCGACGAAUGAGAGUAGCUACUUUGCAAGAUUUUUAAACACAUCACAAGGCCAAGUUAUUGUUCCACAACGAUUAUCUCAAGUAGGGAUUGCUGGAGAGCAGCUCGUUGACAGCCAGUCGAGUCAUGCUAGAGUUUGUGAUGUUGACGUGACGGGCGACGCAUACGGCAAAAUACAGUGCUUGCUCUCGGAUAUUAUGAGGACGGCACCAGAGAGGAUUGCACUGAUGAGCUCACCAUACAAAGUUCCGCCUCGUCUGCGAUACGCCACUCUUCGAAGUGAUGCUGGAUCGUACGAAACUGAUCAUCUGCUGCCUGGAACAGCGUCUGUCCCCACAUCUUAUCCAGAAGGAUGUUCAACUGCAGGAUCGACUGUUGCAUCAUUCGAGAUGGUGCCACUUGUGACCCCGCUAGAAGGAAGCGAAAAAGAGCCCAUUCUUCCAUGUUUCAUGCUUAGUUCGCAGCACCGGGCGGAGCAUUUCUUAGGACGUGACGAUAUGUUGGCGACUCUCGACAGAUACUUGCUCCAAGAGCAAAAAGACGCACCAGAUGAUACUCAGCGAGCAAGUAUACGCUCAUUUGCCAUCUGCGGUCUUGGUGGUGUAGGUAAAACAACAUUGGCCGCUGAAUAUGCCGUUUCGCGGCAGCAUGUCUUUGACGCCAUCUUUUGGCUCAACGCAGAUGACUCCAACAUCCUUGGAAAUAGCUUUGCGCAUAUAUCAGCAAAAUUAGGACUUGAGGAAGGAUCCUCCUCUGAUAUAGCCGCAAGCCAUAGUAUUGUUAUGAAUUGGCUCUCUAAGCCGCUAAAGAGGCCUUCAGAGCCAGAGACGCAGGAAAAUCUGGCAAAGUGGUUGAUCAUAUUCGAUAAUGUUGAUAACCUGGACGUGCUUUCCGAGUUUUGGCCCGGACUCGGACGAGGCUCAGUGCUUGUCACAAGUCGAGACCCGCAGGCCAAGCGGAACAUGCACAUACGGGAUGGAACACAAUUGCCUGGUCUGUCUCUGGUAAACACACAGCUGCUUCUGGAACAGUUGACAGAUUCUCCUGCUACAAAGGCCCAAGAGAAAGCCAUCCAAUCUAUUGCCGGCAAACUCGGUGGGUUACCCUUGGCCAUUAACCAGAUGGCUGGCCUAUAUCGACAACUGAGAUGCUCGCAUACAGACAUUGCGAAACUCCUUGACGACAAAGGAAUAGCGACCACCUUUCAAACCACAGCUGAUCUCUACAAGGGCCAAGAAAGUCAAUCUCUGGCUACAAUCUGGGCGCUUGAUCGAUUAGAAGGUCCCACUCGAGCGCUGCUUCAAGUCAUCUGUCUUCUAGACCCAGAUGCGAUACCGCAAGAGUUGCUGGCCAGUUUUUCUGUUGAACCAGAUCUUGCAGAAUACCCAAAAACCAUGUUGGAAUAUUUAAGAGCAAGAGGGGAGUUAUUGUCCUCAUCCUUGAUAAACUUAGACGAAGAGAGCGGAGAAAUCUCCAUACACCGUCUUAUUCAAGACUCCGUGCUACAUGACAUGAGUCCUGAACAGCUAGACGCAGCUUAUCACACCGCCAUUGCCCUAGUUAUUGCGGUUUGGCCAUUUCAGUCAAUGAAGGAGCAUCAUUCAAUUGCAAGGUUUGGCAAAUGUGAAACUUUUUUCCCAAGCGUCCUACGCUUGAAGGAUGGGUUAGAGCCCAUGAUACGACAGGGAAGCUACUCACCGAAAAAUUUAGGAGUAGCUCGUCUGUUUAACGAUGUCGGCUGGUAUAUGUUUGAACGAGGCCUACCAGACAAAACUGUCCCAUUUUGCAAUGUUGCGCUAAUGAUCGGAGAGCAAAUGAAGAGCCUUGACAGCAUUGAGGCUCACGAAGUCAUUCGAGAAGGUCACUCGUUUAUCGGAAUCGCUCUUGUCGAAACAAAUAGUCACGAUAAAAGCCAAAAGCAUAAACAGCAAUGGCUUGAUAUGCUCCUCGAGAGAAGAUCAGAGUCUGGACUCCAAAUUAGAGACUACGAACUUGGCUAUGCCUACAACGAGAUUGGCGUGGCAUAUGGCAACAAUGGCUUGUGUAAACAAGCAUGCGAGGCUUUCCACGAAUCUAUCCAAAUCUUUCAGGGCUUGGAAGAUUAUACAGAUACUAUGCUCGGAUGGCCGCAGCCUAACUUGGGUUUUAUGUACUGGUUAUUAAAAGACUACCACAACGCCGAGAAGGUACUAAUUGAGAUUUUGGAUAUUCAUGCAAUUGUGUGGGGCGUUGAUGAUACGAGGUCAUUCAAAACUGGAAAGAUUCUUUAUGGGCUGGGUAACGUACUAGAGGCUCAGGGCCGGCUUCAGGAAAGUCUGGUAUUUCAUCAACGAUGCUAUGAGCAAUAUAGCAAAGUUCUCGGAAACAACCAUCAUAGAUUUGGUGACGUCUGCCAUAAGAUGGCUGGGCACUGCAUCAGAUUACAUCGCUUUCGAGAAGCUGAAGACUAUCUCAACAAGGCUUUGAAAGCGUUCAAGCUGCGCCCAUAUCUGGUGAACGAGACUGCAAGAACAACGUACUUGAAAGGGAUGCUGUACCAAGAAAUGGGGCGGAUGGAGGAGGCUAAUAAAGAAAUGAGAAGAGCAUACGAAAUGAGGAAACGCCUGAAAAGAACAGAUAGCCGACCUUUGGAACAACUGGAUGAGACAGAUUUUGAUCAACUGGUGGCGUUUUGGUCUAGAUAG